AGCGAAUAACAGGCGCUCCGGUAGAGGGGAGCUCCGGGCACCGGGACCAUGUAGCCCGGCCUUAUUCCCAUGUCUCGUGAAGCCGCUGCAGAGGAGGAGGGGCGGCGAGGACGGAGGGGGAGGCGGAGAAGCGGCGCGCUGUGAGGGAGCGGAGGGGGACGAUGCGCGAGUAUAAGGUGGUGGUCCUGGGAAGCGGCGGGGUCGGCAAGUCGGCCUUGACCGUGCAAUUUGUCACAGGGACAUUCAUCGAGAAGUACGACCCGACCAUUGAGGAUUUCUACCGCAAGGAGAUCGAGGUAGACUCGUCCCCCUCAGUGCUGGAGAUCCUGGACACGGCCGGCACCGAGCAGUUCGCCUCUAUGCGGGACUUGUACAUCAAGAACGGACAGGGCUUCAUCCUAGUCUACAGCCUGGUCAACCAGCAGAGCUUCCAGGACAUCAAGCCCAUGAGGGACCAGAUCAUCCGCGUGAAAAGAUAUGAAAAAGUGCCAGUAAUUUUGGUUGGCAACAAAGUUGAUCUUGAAAGCGAACGCGAGGUGUCAUCAAAUGAGGGCCGUGCAUUGGCAGAGGAUUGGGGAUGCCCGUUCAUGGAAACAUCUGCUAAGAGUAAAACAAUGGUGGAUGAGCUCUUUGCUGAAAUAGUGAGACAAAUGAACUAUGCAGCCCAACCGGAUAAAGAUGACCCAUGCUGUUCUGCGUGCAAUAUACAGUAGCGUUCAUAUGGAAGGAAUAAAUCCAGUUAGAGAUUUUUUUCACAGCAAUGAUUAAAAGAAACUUGUAUUUUUUAAAUAUUAGUGAAUCAUCCAAAGAGAAGUUAGAGAAAAAAAUCAUUGACUGUGUAAGAAACAACCAUUGCGUUGAAAAUGUGCAAAUAUUGUUUUUCUUUUUAUUAAAUUAGGUUUGCAAAUUCAUAAGUUAGCUAUUGUAUGAUCUAAGUUUUAGAUUGUAUGGCACGUAGAUUAUCCCAGCCAUAUAAAUCUUGUUCAAUGGGAUUUACAGUUUUGUAAAUACUUCCCUUAAGUAAACUUGCCAGCGUUUUUUCUUAAUUUAAAAGCAGUGGAAGUGUUUUAGUUGCAGACCCAGAAAAAAGAUAAUUAGUGCAAAAAAACAAAAUCUACAAACGAUCGGUGAUGGUAAUCUGAAAAUUCUGAGCCUGCAUUAAAAAAAAUGGUUGCUAAACUGUAGCGUUUUAUUUGCUGGAGUUUGCUUUUAUUAGUUUGGUUUUAGCUGUAGCAUUUAUAAUGGCCCCUUGUUAAAAAGAAUAAUGUCUUAAGAAACCACAUGUUAAUAUCUAGUGUAACACUACUUUUGUGAUUGGAAUGGGUAUUUCAGCGACUACACAAAUACCUUUUUUUGGGAAAUUAAGCCAUGUUCCAAACAGUCCUCCUACCAAAUACAAUGAAAGGACAGACAUGUAUUUUGUGCAAAUGUACUAAAAAUACAAAUAUUCUGCUAAAACAGUCUUUUUUUUUCCUUUUUAUAGAUUUUAUUUUGAGUGUUUCCAUGAAAUGUGAUUUUACUGGAAGCCCUUAUAAAUUUUGGAUUUGCCAUUUUUAUUGUUGAUGCACAUGAUGGUGAAGUAGGAUGUUGUUAGGGGCUAAAGCAAAACAUCAAAUCGAGUAUUUAUCAUUUGCAUGGGCAACGGUGCAAGUUUAUGCUUAAUACUGUCUGAAACUGCAUUCUGUGGAAUUAUUUUCAAGAAGAGAAAUUCAAUUUUCCUUUCCCCUUAUGGAAGUGCAAAGCCCAUUUAAUAUUACAUUUGAAAGAAUUAUUACACAUACUUGUAAAAAAUAUUUUUUUUUAUGUGAAUGAAAAGCUGUGUGAAUGUACAGAUCUAGGAAUCCUAACAAAUACAGUUUGGGGUCGUAUUUUAGGUGUUGCCGCAUCUUUGUGAGUAUGUGUUCUCUCUCAAAAAAAGUACUUGUACUGUUCAAUUUACUUUGGAACUUUGAACGUUCUACAAAAAACAUACAUUUUUGAGAGUGAUUUCUACAGGAAGUGCAUUGUAUGGUUGAAGGUGCUGAUCCUGAUAAUAUAUUUAAAAUAUUUCUCUAUUUGCUUUAUUUGCAUUGCAUUAAACAUUCAUUAUGCCUCAAAAUGCUUACCUUUUUAUUGCAACAAUUUAUAUCUCCGAUUAUAUAUGGAUGUCACUUGCUCUGUGUUUCAGCCCUCUGUAGGUACAGGUUUGUAUUUACCCUACCCUUUCAUUUACUAUUGCUGUGAUUUGGAAUUGAUGCAUAUAAACAGAUUCAGAAGCAAA